AUGGGCUGCCUUGAGAAGAAAGUGAUCGUCGUGACUGGUGCGGGAGCUGGAUUCGGGAGAGGUAUCGUCCAACGACUCACAGCCGAGUCCGCCACAGUCCUCGCCGUGGACAUCAACGAAGAGGCCAACGAGGAGACACGGUCCCUCUGCUCUCUGAAUCCAGGCGCCGUGGGCACCCUCAGAGCCGACAUAACCCAGCUGUCGGCGUGGCAGAACAUCCUUUCCGAAGCCCUGUCGCUAGGCAACGACCGUCUAGACGUGGUGGUCAACUGUGCGGGCGUGGUGCACCUUGCCGGCCCGAGCCAUGAGAUGGAGGAGGACGAAUUCGACAGGGUCUUCCGCGUCAAUGUGAAGCCGCUGUAUCUGAGCACGAAGGUCAUCGUGCCGUGGUGGAAGGAACAUGAAAAGAAGGGCUUGUUCAUCAAUCUAAGCAGUAUCAGUGAGCCGCGCCCGCGGCCCAAUCUGGUGUGGUAUGCGAGUAGUAAAGGGGCUGUAACAGUGGCAACAAAAGGGCUUGCGGCGGAAUAUGCGGUCGACGGAAUCAGGUAUAAUUGUAUUCGACCGGCGGUUGGGGAAACGGCAAUGCUUGGAAGAGUCCUCGGCGGACAGGACACAGAGGAGGGUCGUAAGAAGUUGCUGGGAACGAUCCCCCUUGGUCGAGUAUGUCAGCCAAGUGACGUUGCGAAUAUGGUGUGCUUCCUUGCGUCGGACGAGGCGGAAUUUAUCACUGGGGCCGCAUUUGAUGUUGAUGGAGGGCGAGGCGUGAGCUGA